AUGCGUGAAUUUACAUCAAACCGAGAUCGAAUUGCCCUCCGCGGCCCGACCUCCCCGGUCGCGCUCCACGGCGCGUGCAACCGCGUGGGCGCAGGAAGGCGCGUCUCAUCUCGCGCAGGAUGCGGCGCUCGCGCCCGUGAGCUACCGCCACUAGAUCCUCUUACUGCUGCGUGGUUGUCGCGGGCUGGUCAGCCUUCCGUCUUGGCCGGCGGAAGCGUCAAGCGGCUGAUGCGACGGGCUAAUGGGGACGCAUCCGACGUGCGCCGCCGUCUCGGCGCAUCACGUGGACGUGCA